AUGGAGACGGUAUUCGACAGCAGCAUGCUGGGGAUCGAGCCCUACUCCAGGGAGGUCACCCAGAAUGGCGAACUACUCGUCAUGGACUCCAUGAACAGCAACAUCUACAGGAUGGCGCUGCCGCUGUCCCGAUAUAAUUUGAGCCACAUAAGAUUUAUCUCAUCCUCUGAAAUUGGGCUGAACAAUGUCGACAGCAGGCCAAAGCUUGUUGCCGGUUCGCCUGAAGGAUUUCCGGGUCAUAUUGAUGGGAAGCUGGAUAACAUGGUGGAUCCUGCUGCUGCCUUUGGGAUGCUUUUUGGAAGUGACUAUUUUGAAGAUUACGUUGGCCAGCUUGGUCUAGCAUCUAUAGCUUCAGUGGAGGUUGAGGAAAACUCAAAUAGUCAAGAGGCAAGAGCAAAAGUUCAAGAAAAGAUAAAAGAGUUACAAAGAGAAAGAGAACAAAAGCUUACUCAGAGUCUGAAGGACCGACUUCAAUCAUAUGUAGAUGGGAGAAAUGAUGAAUUUGUGAGCUAUGCAAGCGCAGAAGCUAGGCGUUUAUCUGAAGCAGCAUUUGGUGAGGCUAUGCUUCACACCAUUGGUUAUAUUUAUGUCCAGCAAGCAGCAAGAGAACUCGAGAAAAGUAGAAUUUACAUGGGUGUACCGUUUAUAGCUGAACUCGAUAUUAAAUACCUUGAAGCUGAGAGUGACACAAAUGGAGAUACUGAAUAA